GCUGAGUCGGCGGCGGUCGCUGUUCGCGCUGGUCCGGGCUAGCAUCGGCGAGCGGGCCGCGGGGAGGGCGACUCCACUACUUGGCGUCGCGGCCGCGGGCGCGGAGGGCGCGCAGUUCGCAGCGUCCGCCAGGCUCUGCGGGUCCGCCCGCGGUCGGGCGGAGAUGGAGCCGAGGCCCACGGCGCCCUCCUCCGGCGCCUCCAGGCUGGUGGGGGUCGGGGAGACGCCGCCAGCCGCCGGGAUGGACCUGCCCGGCACGGCCGUGCCUUUGGUGCCGGAGGAUGCUGCGGCCGCGAGCCGUGGCGGCGGCGGGGUCCGCGGUGAGGGCGCCGCAGCGGCCGGGGACGUGCUGGGAAGACCCCUGGGGCCCACCCCGAGCCAGAGCCGCUUCCAGGUGGACCUGGUUUCCGAGAACGCCGGGCGGGCUGCUGCUGCUGCUGCGGCGGCGGCGGCUGGUGCAGCGGCGGGGGUCAGGGAGACCCCCGCGGAAGGGAAAACCAGCGACGACAGCGGGCCGGCUAAGGGCAGCGAGGAAGCCAAGGGCCGCUUUCGCGUAAACUUCGUGGACCCGGCUGCCUCUUCGUCUGCAGAGGAGAACCUGUCGGAUGCGGCGGGGGUCGGAGGCGACGGGCCCAACGUGAGUUUCCAGAACGGCGGAGACACAGUACUGAGCGAGGGCAGCAGCCUGCACUCAGGCGGCGGCGGCGGCAGCGGGCACCACCAGCAUUACUAUUAUGACACCCACACCAACACUUACUACCUGCGCACCUUCGGCCACAACACCAUGGACGCCGUGCCCAGGAUCGAUCACUACCGGCACACAGCUGCGCAGCUGGGCGAGAAGCUGCUCCGGCCCAGCCUGGCGGAGCUGCACGAUGAGCUCGAAAAGGAACCUUUUGAGGAUGGCUUUGCAAACGGGGAAGAGAGUACUCCAACCAGAGAUGCUGUGGUCACAUAUACUGCGGAAAGCAAAGGAGUUGUGAAGUUUGGCUGGAUCAAGGGUGUAUUAGUACGUUGUAUGUUAAACAUUUGGGGUGUGAUGCUUUUCAUUAGACUAUCUUGGAUUGUGGGUCAAGCUGGAAUAGGUCUGUCCGUCCUUGUAAUAAUGAUGGCCACUAUUGUGACAACUAUCACAGGAUUAUCUACUUCAGCAAUAGCUACUAAUGGAUUUGUACGAGGAGGAGGAGCGUAUUAUUUAAUAUCUAGAAGUCUAGGGCCGGAAUUUGGUGGUGCAAUUGGCCUGAUCUUUGCUUUUGCCAAUGCUGUUGCAGUCGCUAUGUAUGUGGUGGGGUUUGCAGAAACUGUGGUGGACUUGCUGAAGGAACAUUCCAUACUUAUGAUAGAUGAAAUCAAUGAUAUCCGAAUUAUUGGCGCCAUUACAGUGGUGAUCCUUUUAGGUAUCUCAGUAGCUGGAAUGGAGUGGGAAGCAAAAGCUCAGAUUGUUCUCCUGGUGAUUCUCUUGCUUGCUGUUGCUGAUUUCGUCAUAGGAACAUUUAUCCCACUGGAGAACAAGAAGCCCAAAGGUUUUUUUGGUUAUAAAUCUGAAAUAUUUAGUGAAAAUUUUGGACCAGAUUUUCGAGAGGAAGAGACUUUCUUUUCUGUAUUUGCCAUCUUUUUUCCUGCUGCAACUGGUAUUCUGGCCGGAGCAAAUAUCUCAGGUGAUCUCGCAGAUCCUCAGUCAGCCAUACCCAAAGGAACACUCUUAGCCAUUUUAAUUACUACGGUGGUUUACAUAGGAAUUGCAGUAUCUGUAGGUGCUUGUGUUGUUCGGGAUGCCACCGGGAACGUUAAUGACACUAUUGUAACUGAGCUAACAAACUGUACUUCUGCAGCCUGCCAAUUAAACUUUGACUUUUCAUCUUGUGAAGUCAGUCCUUGUUCCUAUGGCCUAAUGAACAACUUCCAGGUGAUGAGUAUGGUGUCAGGAUUUGCACCAUUAAUUUCUGCGGGUAUCUUUUCAGCAACUCUUUCUUCUGCAUUAGCAUCCCUUGUGAGUGCUCCCAAAAUAUUUCAAGCUCUAUGUAAGGACAACAUCUAUCCAGCUUUCCAGAUGUUUGCUAAAGGUUAUGGGAAAAAUAAUGAACCUCUUCGUGGCUACAUCUUAACAUUCUUAAUUGCACUUGGCUUCAUCUUAAUUGCUGAACUGAAUGUUAUUGCACCAAUUAUCUCCAACUUCUUCCUUGCAUCAUAUGCACUGAUCAAUUUCUCAGUAUUCCAUGCAUCACUUGCAAAAUCUCCAGGAUGGCGCCCUGCAUUCAAAUACUACAACAUGUGGAUAUCACUUAUUGGAGCAAUACUCUGUUGCAUAGUGAUGUUUGUCAUCAACUGGUGGGCUGCACUGCUGACAUACGUGAUUGUUCUUGGGCUGUAUAUUUAUGUUACUUACAAAAAACCAGAUGUGAACUGGGGAUCCUCUACACAAGCCCUCACUUACCUGAACGCACUGCAGCAUUCAAUUCGUCUUUCAGGAGUGGAAGACCAUGUGAAAAACUUUAGGCCACAGUGUCUUGUUAUGACAGGUGCUCCAAACUCACGCCCAGCUUUACUUCAUCUUGUUCAUGAUUUCACAAAAAAUGUUGGUUUGAUGAUCUGUGGUCAUGUACAUAUGGGCCCUCGAAGACAAGCCAUGAAAGAGAUGUCCAUUGAUCAAGCCAAGUAUCAGCGAUGGCUCAUUAAAAACAAAAUGAAGGGUUUUUAUGCUCCAGUACAUGCAGAUGACUUGAGAGAAGGUGCACAGUAUUUGAUGCAGGCUGCUGGUCUUGGGCGUAUGAAACCAAAUACACUUGUCCUUGGAUUUAAGAAAGAUUGGUUGCAAGCAGAUAUGCGGGAUGUGGAUAUGUAUAUAAACUUAUUUCAUGAUGCCUUUGACAUACAAUAUGGAGUAGUGGUUAUCCGCCUGAAAGAGGGUCUGGAUAUAUCUCAUCUUCAAGGACAAGAAGAAUUACUGUCAUCACAAGAAAAAUCUCCUGGUGUCAAGGAUGUGGUACUAAGUAUGGAGUAUAGUAAAAAGUCGGAUUUAGAUACUUCCAAACCAUCUGGUGAAAAAAGCAUUACACAUAAAGAUGAGGAAGAGGAUGGCAAGACUCCAACUCAACCACUGUUGAAAAAAGAACUCAAAGGCCCUGCUGCACCUCUAAAUGUAGCUGACCAGAAGCUCCUUGAAGCCAGCACACAGUUUCAAAAAAAACAAGGAAAGAGUACUAUUGAUGUUUGGUGGCUUUUUGAUGAUGGAGGUUUGACCUUAUUGAUACCGUAUCUUCUGACUACAAAGAAAAAGUGGAAAGACUGUAAGAUCAGAGUAUUCAUUGGUGGAAAAAUAAACAGAAUAGACCAUGACCGGAGAGCGAUGGCUACUUUGCUUAGCAAGUUUCGGAUAGACUUCUCUGAUAUCAUGGUCCUAGGAGAUAUUAAUACUAAACCAAAGAAAGAAAAUAUUGCAGUUUUUGAUGAAAUGAUUGAGCCGUACAGACUUCACGAAGAUGAUAAAGAACAAGAUGUUGCAGAUAAAAUGAAAGAAGACGAACCAUGGCGAAUAACAGAUAAUGAGCUUGAACUUUAUAAGACCAAGACACACCGGCAGAUCAGGUUAAAUGAAUUAUUAAAGGAACAUUCAAGCACAGCUAAUAUCAUUGUCAUGAGUCUCCCAGUCGCACGGAAAGGCGCCGUGUCCAGUGCUCUCUACAUGGCGUGGUUGGAAGCUCUAUCUAAGGACCUGCCACCAGUUCUCCUGGUCCGUGGGAAUCAUCAGAGUGUCCUUACCUUCUAUUCUUAAACGUUCUGCACAGUGGGCAGCUCUCCAGAUGGUACUUCAGUGCCUAGUGAAGUAACUGAAAUCUUCAGUGACAUAUUAACAUCACAAUGGCAAACUGUGACUUUUCUUUCACUAUUUAAUUAAUUUGAAAGCACACGGAGAAGUCGCUCCGUUGAUAUGGGUGUGGAGACUUCAGUUUUAGUCAAUUCUGUAUCUCAAUCUUAAUGAACGAUGAUUCCUUGUUGGACUGAAGCUCACGAGAGUAAAAUUUACCUUUGCUACUUGAAAAGCAAUAAAAGUAUGUUAUUUUUUGAUUGAUGAAAGGAGUACAAAAAGCCUUUAGCCUUGAGGUGCCUUUGAAAUUAACCAAAUUUCAUCCAUAUAUCCUCUUUUAUAAAUUUAUAGAAUGUCAAAUUUUGCCUUCAGCUUUUACUUUUAUUUCUAUUGUCUUUCACCUUGAAAUGGACACUGCUUUUCUUCUUCCAUUGACCAAUUAGUGUUGAGUACUGUAUGUUUUCUAUUACUUUUAUAAAAGUAUCUGUUAGGUAUAAAGGUGAGAAUUAGAGCAAGGUAAUGAAAAAUGCAAAAAAAGAAAAAAUAGGAACCAAAAGUGACCCCAAGGUUAGGUUUGUAUAUGUAUAAAUGUAGAUCUAGGGAAAGAAAGGCCCAAUAAACUUUUUUUUUUUUAACCUCUAAUUGGCUCUUAUUUGUAUCCUCAUUUGAUUAUUAUUUCUUGAAACCUUAGGGAAGGUCAAAGAUUUAUCCAGUACUUCUGUAUACUGUGCUAAAAAAUUACUACUGUCAUUCUUCAGACAAAAAUCCUCACAAUUGUUAUAUUCAUUAGAAGAAAGAUCUCUCAUAAUUGAGAGUUUUCCUUAAAUCUGAGGGACUUUGAAAUGCUAAAAGGCCUUUCUGGAGAAAAAUAAGACAAAACAAUGUCAUUUAAUAGAAUAUUUCAAUAAACACUACAUGGAAUUUCACUGUACCAAUGCUUCAUCAAACGGUUAAAUGGACCACUGGUUUCUUAGUGAAAUGUUUUUGGGCUUAAUUCUGUCAAUUGUCAAGUAUACUUAGUCUUAAUUAAUAUACUCAGGUUUGAACAGAUUAUUCUGAACAUUUAAAAUUAAUCCAUUCUUAAUACUUUAAAACUUUUGUGUUAAGAAAAACUGCCAGUUUAUGCUUUUGAAAUGUCUGUUUUGACAUUGUAGUCCGAUAGUACAAUUUUGACAGUGCAUAUGUACUGUUACUAAAAGUUUUAUAUACAGUUAUUAAUGUGAAUUUUCUCAUUUUUUAUUCAAGGAAGGAUUUCCUAAAAACAUUUCAAGGGAUAUACAUACAUGUGUGUGUAUAUGUAUAUGCAUACACAUAUGCAUAUAUGUAUAUAUAAUGACAUUUAUGUUGCUGGUUUUUUGCAUUUUAAAGUGAUCAAAAUUCAUUAGAUGAAAUUUUUUUUGUUUUAGUAAACGUAAGCUCAAAAUUAGAUUGAAAGAUACAAGUUUCAUGGAGAACAAAGGUGAUUCUUUGAAGAGCAUGUAAAUUCACAGAAUUAUCAUUUGAUUAGGAAGUGGAGAACAUUUUAUCUGAAGUACUGUUCAGUAAGUUCAUUGGUAUAAGUUUCAGUGGGGAGGAAUUUAUGCAGGUUUUCAUGAAUCUUUAUAAAAAUCUAUGAAAUUAUUGUCAGUGCAGUGUUUCUGCUGCAAGAAGAGUAUGAACUAAAUUGAUACACAGAAAUGAAGAUCUGAUAAUUUUGAAUUAAAAAAUGUUAAAAUGAAGCAAUUGUUUUUCAAAACUUUUUUCCUGCAUUAUAACUGACAGCAUUGUUCCAUUUAUUGCAGGUUUUGUUGUGUUUUGGGGGAAAGAAAGUAGAAAUGUCAUACUAUUCAGUAAACAAUGUCAUGUUUUAACUUCUUGAAUAGAUAAUAGGGUGUAAACUGAGUGCUGCUAUCUUGAAAUGUGCACAGGUACACUUAUUUUUUUUUUUUUAAGUUUUUCCCAUUCAGGAAAACAUGAUUGUGAUCAUACUACAGGAACCAAAUGUCAUACGUCAUACAUAUGUGUAUAAAGUACAUAAAAUAUAUCUAAAUAUGCAUACUGGGGGGAGGGUGAUAUUGUCUGUGAAAUAAUGUAAGAGGCUUUUCAUCUUAAAAAGAAAAAUAAGCAUUACUUUCACCUAACACUAGACACCAGGUCAAAAUUUUCCAGGUUGUUGGAUUGUCAUAAAUUCCAACAAUUCUAAGAGAUGCUUGCUAGUGUUGAAGCUUUUCUACUCUAUUUUAUUUAUGCUGAAUUUGAUUAUUUUAAUGCCAAAUUUUUUUUUAGUUCUGAUCAUUAGUGAUAACUUGGAAAUAAUUGUGCAUCGGCACUUGGCAGUUCAUUAUUCCUGUAGGUAAAAAUUCAGUGGGCUUAGAAUGGUGGUGUUAAGCUGAUAAUUAAUGGUUAAUUAAAUGAAAUAUUUAUUUGUUACAUUAUUUCAUUUGUACUUUGUUUCCUUUUACAUUCUUUUUAUAUGCUUUCUGACAUUACAUAUUUUUAAAGACUAUGGAAAUAAUUUAAAGAUUUGAGCUCUGGUGGAUGUUUAUCUACUAAGUUUGAAAAUGUAAUAUUUUGAUAAUACUGUACUAUAACUGUCACACAAAUGCUUUUCUAAUGUUUUAACGUUGAGUAUUGCAGUCGCUGCUUUGUACAAAGGUUACUGCAAUAAAGGAAGUGGAUUCAUUAAAACUA